AUGCCCCUUUUCGCGACGCUGAUAAUUCUAGAGGCGCUGAUCUGCCAGUUCAAGGGGCGAUUCCGACUGGUUGAUGCUUUAGUGACUCUGGCAAACUGGAAUUUGGUUAAAAUCGCGGAUUUCUUCACAUCGAAAUAUCUGAUCCUUCUCUCCUACACCUACUUCUACAACAACUACCGGGCGUUAACCCUCCCCUGGGACUCAAAUUUUGUCUGGGCGCUAACAUUUUUCCUCAACGAUCACAACUACUACUGGGAGCAUCGAUUCCUCCACGAGACAAUGAUUGGUUGGUCGGCUCAUCAGGUUCACCACUCCAGUCAGGACUUCAACUUGACGAUCGGGAUUCGACAGAGUGUUUUUCAAAAGCUCUUUUCUGCUCCUUUUUAUAUUCCGUUGGCUUUGCUUGGUAUUCCACCUUCUCUUUUCAUGACUCACACAGCAAUAAGCGCCGUCCAUCAACUUUGGAUCCAUACUGAGCUCAUUGAUGGAGUCUCGCCUCUUUACGACUUCUUUUUCAAUGUUCCCAAGCACCACCAGCUCCACCACGGGACAAACAAAUACUGCAUCGACCAGAACUACGGCGGGGUCCUCAUCAUCUGGGACCGAAUCUACGGCACAUUCACCGAAAAAGAUGAAAACAAGGAAGAACCAAUCGCAUACGGACUAGUUUACGGAUCAGAAUCGUAUGAAUUUUCAUAUCUUCAACUUCGAUACUACAAAUUUCUCCUCGAAGAAGUCAGAAAAGAGAAGACUUUAAAUGAAUUGCUGAUGCGUAUUUAUAUUUAUGUGGUGAAAGGGCCAAGCUACAACCCGAAGAAACCAAAGUUCAGAACUGGCGAUAAGGCAGAUUACCCUGAUGGCUACCCAAAAUAUGGACUUUACGACCCGAAAAUUACUAUGAAAAAUAUCAUCACAGGUUUCAUCCUUGUCUCCAAGGCGUAUUUCGUUGCUGAUUUUUAUCUUUUGAGGUUUUUCUCAGAUUUUUGCCGCCAUUAA